CUUGUUGCGGAGGAGGAGCGGGCGCCAUGGCGGUUUUGCUGGAGACAACUUUGGGCGACGUCGUCAUCGAUCUGUACACUGAGGAGCGGCCGCGCGCCUGCUUGAAUUUCCUGAAGUUGUGCAAAAUAAAGUAUUAUAAUUAUUGUCUUAUUCAUAAUGUACAGAGGGAUUUUAUCAUACAAACUGGUGAUCCUACAGGGACUGGUCGUGGAGGAGAGUCUGUUUUUGGUCAACUGUAUGGUGAUCAAGCAAGCUUUUUCGAGGCUGAAAAAGUGCCAAGAAUUAAGCACAAGAAGAAAGGCACCGUGUCCAUGGUGAACAAUGGCAGUGAUCAACAUGGAUCUCAGUUUCUUAUUACUACAGGAGAUAAUCUAGAUUACCUUGAUGGUGUUCAUACAGUGUUUGGUGAGGUGACAGAAGGCAUGGACAUAAUUAAGAAAAUUAAUGAGACCUUUGUUGACAAGGACUUUGUACCAUAUCAAGAUAUCAGGAUAAAUCAUACAGUGAUUUUAGAUGAUCCAUUUGAUGACCCUCCUGAUUUAUUAAUUCCUGAUCGAUCACCAGAACCUACGAGGGAACAGCUAGAUAGUGGUCGAAUAGGAGCAGAUGAAGAAAUUGAUGAUUUCAAAGGAAGAACAGCUGAAGAAGUGGAAGAAAUAAAGGCAGAAAAAGAGGCCAAAACUCAAGCUAUUCUAUUAGAAAUGGUGGGAGACCUACCUGAUGCAGAUAUUAAACCUCCAGAAAAUGUGCUGUUUGUGUGUAAACUGAAUCCGGUGACCACUGAUGAAGAUCUGGAGAUAAUAUUCUCAAGAUUUGGACCAAUAAGAAGUUGUGAAGUUAUUCGGGAUUGGAAGACAGGAGAAUCCCUCUGUUAUGCUUUUAUUGAAUUUGAAAAGGAAGAAGAUUGUGAGAAAGCGUUCUUCAAAAUGGACAAUGUACUUAUAGAUGACAGAAGAAUACAUGUGGAUUUUAGCCAGUCUGUUGCAAAGGUUAAAUGGAAAGGAAAAGGUGGGAAAUAUACCAAGAGUGAUUUCAAGGAGUAUGAAAAAGAACAGGAUAAACCGUCUAAUUUAGUUUUGAAAGAUAAAGUAAAGCCCAAGCAGGAUGCAAAAUAUGAUCUUGUGCUAGAUGAGCAAGCAGAAGAUUCAAAAUCAAGUCAUUCACACACAAGUAAAAAACACAAGAAGAAAACUCGUCACUGCUCUGAAGAAAAAGAAGAUGAGGACUACAUGCCAAUCAGAAAUACCAACCAGGAUAUCUACAGGGAGAUGGGGUUUGGUCACUAUGAAGAAGAAGAAAGCUGUUGGGAGAAACAAAAGAGUGAAAAGAGAGACCGACCUCAAAACCGAAGUCGUAGCCGAUCUCGAGAAAGGGACGGCCACUACAGUAAUAGUCACAAAUCCAAAUACCAGACCGACCCCUAUGAAAGAGAACGGAGUAAAAAGAGAGACCGAAGUAGGAGUCCCAAGAAAUCCAAAGAUAAAGAAAAAUCUAAGUACAGAUGAAAAAUGAAGAAUCAGACAUGAGUGGCUAAUGUAUUUACUGUUGUCUAAUGUAGAGCCUCAGAUAUUCAGAUUUUGUGUCAAAGCCCUUAAAGACUCUGCUCAUUAUUUUUUUUUCAUCCUAGGGUUAUGGCCCUUUUCAAUUGAUACUGAUUGUAUAGGGCACAGAAAGACUAUAUAAAGAACUGAACAUUUUUUUGGGUAUACUUUUUUACACUAAUUUUAUUGUUAUUCAUAAACAGUAGUCUUCAUUUUUAAAGUCUUUCACAUUUCCCACUCUUUUUUUUAAAUGAAGUAUUUCAUACUUAAAAAUUCACAGACAUGUAUAUAUAAGGUAUAAAGAAUAGUAAGUAUUUGUGUGCCCAUGAGCCAGCUUAAGAAAUAGAAGAUCACCUGCAUUUUAGAAACCCUCUUUGUGCUCUCUCCUCAAGUGAUGAUUAUUCUGAAUUUUGUAUUUGUCAUUCUCUUGCUUGUUACAGUUUUACAACAAUGUAUGUAUUAAAAAAUAAAAAGUUAAAUUUUG